AAUAUGUUUACUAAGUGAGAAAUUUCGAAGAACAUCCAAUCAUCAAAUUGAGUAUUAGUGUCGAGUUUCAAAAAAAAACGGUUUAGAUUUUGUGUUUGCUUGAAAAAUAAUUCAAAUUAGAAUUUAAAAAGAAAUGUCCAAACGACGUGCAAAUGAAGUUGUUGUGGCUCGUGGCCGCUUAAAGGGAGCAUUGCAAGAGCUUGCAAAUGUAAAUGACGAUGAUGAUGAUUUGGAUGCAAGUAAACCAAGCCGUGGACGUCCACCAAAACGUGCAAAAAAAGAGACGACACUACCACCACAGCCGCAAAUCCAACAUAGUUUCAUUAUGAAAUUGUUCGAUCGUUGCGUUGACCUUGCCAAAUACAAUGAACAUACUGCACUUUAUCCCAUUUGUCGGGCUUGGAUGUUAAAUCAACCUCGAUCUAAUGCGAUUAUCAACUACAAAACCAAAAACGAAAUUUCAGUCGUAAAACGCGAAGAGAAUGAUGAUCUUUUGGAGGACAUUAAAGCCGAACGAAUAACUGAAAUCAGCGACUUACCACCAUGUAAAGAUGUUGACAUUUCACGAAUACCAUUGCCAUUGUCAUUUCAAAAAAAUAGCAACAGCACAGAGGACGUGGAUAAAGGCUUUGAAGGACCAAAACAUGAUCGUGAUGUGUUGUUAACGUCAUGGAAAGAGCGUUGGUGCCAAGUACGUAAAAAAUGGCUGGAUCAUACAAAGGAUUAUGAAGAGAAAAAUUACGGUGUCAAUAUGGCCAUUUUAAAGGCAUUAUACAAAAAAUAAUUCAUUUACCAUCAUAAUUUAAAUCGUCAUCUUCAUCUUUUUAUUGCCAAUUUCUUAUAAGAGCAAACAAAUUUGUAAUGUUUUUAGUACAUUCUAACCUUGAAAAAUGCUCAUUCUGGUGGUCAUUUUCGUGUCAAAUGGAACGGAGAUUAUAUGCAUAGUUUUCACGAAUUCCAAUGGAAUGGAUCCACUUGUUUCUUUCACUUCCAAUAAUAUUU